CUCAGGCAUCACCGGCAAGAACAGAGGCAGACGCACUCGCUCACUGACACUCUCCGUGCCUCAGCAGCCUGUUCUUGUCAAAGCUGUCUUCAUCAGCUUCCAAGGAAUGGCUGCAGACGUUCACAAGAAGGGUGGAGAUGUGCUUAAUGGGUCAUUGGCCCCAGAUGAUGGGCAGCAUUCUGAGAGGUCAGAGAGUCCUACACCAGGGCUGGCUCAGGGAACAGAACCAGGAGCAGGCCAGGAAGGAGCAAUGUUUGUUCAUGCCCAGUCCUAUGAGGACCUGACCAGCACAGACCAUCCAGAUGCAAUGCUUCAGAUGCCGGGUGGCGGGGAAGAUGCCCAGUCUGACCAGUCAAAGAUAGAAGAGAUCAGCAAGGACUUCAGCGAACUGAGCACACAACUCACUGGCAUAACACUGGACUUGGAAGAAGAGAUGAGACACAGCAAAGAGGACAAGCUGGACCUCUCGCCACAGGUUUCACACCGGGACUCUGUCCUCUCAGAGAAGGAGGAAGAGGAUGUAACCAUGGAUGCCUGGCGCAUGCAUCAGAAACAUGUCUUCGUUCUAAGUGAGGCAGGCAAGCCAGUGUACUCCCGAUAUGGGUCUGAAGAAGCGCUGUCUAGUACCAUGGGGGUGAUGAUGGCGCUAGUGUCCUUUGUAGAAGCACAGAAGAAUGCUAUCAGGUCUAUCCAUGCAGAGGGGUACAAGGUGGUGUUUGUGUGCAGAAGCCCCUUGGUGCUGGUCGCUGUGGCUCGGACCCGGCAGUCAGAGCAAGAGAUCGCCCAAGAGCUCCUUUACAUCUACUACCAGAUCCUCAGCCUGUUGACCUGGACCCAGCUCAACCGCAUCUUCCAGCAGAAGCAGAACUACGACCUGCGGAGGCUGUUGGCAGGCUCCGAGCGGAUCACGGACAACUUGCUUGGCCUGAUGGCCAGGGACCCCAGCUUCCUGAUGGGGGCCGCACGUUGCCUGCCUAUGGCUGCCGGAGUCAGGGAUGUUGUGAGCACCUGCCUCCAGCAAGCCAAAGCGCAGAGUCUGGUGUUUGCCAUCCUUCUCUCCAAGAACCAGCUGGUGUCGCUGGUAAGGAAAAAGGACCAGUUCUUGCAUCCCAUUGACCUCCACUUGCUCUUUAAUCUAAUCAGCUCAUCCUCCUCAUUUAGAGAAGGAGAAGCCUGGACUCCGAUCUGCCUCCCCAAGUUCAACUCCAGCAGCUUCUUCAGCGCCCACAUUUCCUACCUGGAGCAAGACACAGACCUGUGCCUUCUCCUGAUCUCUACUGACCGCGAAGACUUCUUCACUGUGUCUGCCUGCAAGCGCAGGUUCCUAGAACGCCUGAAGAAGCGGGGUGUUUAUCAUGCCCUCUUGGAGGCACAGCACACACCUUUCUACAGUGUCUCCCAGGUGGGAAUCCCAUACCUCAGGCACUUCAUCUACAAAUCCAAGAGUUCAGGACUCUUCACCAGCCCAGAGAUUGAGGCUCCCUACAUCACUGAGAACGAAAAGGAGAGACUUCUGGGACUGUACCAAUACUUACAUAGCCGGGCUCAUAAUUCUUUCCACCCUCUAACGAACAUCUAUUAUACUGGAUCUCAUGAAAACCUCCUGGCUUGGGUGACGAAUGCUUUUGAGCUCUACGUGUGCUUCAGCCCCCUGGGGACCAAAGCAGCAGCUGUUGGCGCUGUCCACAAACUUAUGAGAUGGAUCCGCAAGGAAGAGGACCGGCUUUUUAUAUUGACCCCGCAGACUUAUUGAACUUGGUGGUGUGGCCU